AUGCUGUUCUGGACGAUCACUUCAUCAUUCUGCACCCUGCUCCAGGUUGCCCAAGGGUCUUCUCAUGAGUUGUGGGACGGGAAUUCCGGUUCACUCGUCCGUUCCCCUCUGCAUGGUGGCCGCAGAGGAGGAGAAGAGGUGACCGGGCAGAGAGACUUACAUAGGCAGAAGCGGCAAGCUGCAUUACCGGAAGAAUACACCAUAGCUGUUGAGAUACGUUUUGUGGAUUCUUCGCUCCAGAAUGCCGUCAAAAGUUACCUGAAAAAUCUUAGCUUUCCACUCUUCACAAAUGCCACUGAUCCAACUGAAACCAUUUCAAGUGUUCACGUUAACACAGUGUGCAACUCAACAGGCAGUGACAGCACACAUUGUUGCUGUGAAGAUGAUUACAGGUGGCUUAGUGAGAUAUGCACUCAUCCAGCCUGCCUCGGGACCACAGCAGCACCAGAAGGCCACAACUGUAUCGCACAACUGCCUUCUCAAGAAAUGUAUUGCCAGCUAUUGCCUGAAGAAAUCUACACAAGAAAAAUGUUUGUUCGACUCAACAUACCCUUUCAGAAUGCUCUCAAGAAUCCAUCCUCAGAGAUGUAUCAGCAAUACAAAAGAGACCUGGAGCGUGCGUUUACUGUGGGUUACAAAACGUUAUACGGCUUCAUAAGUGCAAACGUUACAGAGUUCAGGAGUGGAAGCACCGUGGUUGAUUAUGAGGUAACAUCAGCGAGGGCUAUACCGGUUGAAAAAGCAAGCGGGAAAGUGGCCGCCGCCUUAAAUAGCUCCUACAAGUUAGAUCCAACCUCCUUUCGGAGCCCUUCAGUGGAAAUCUAUGGUGGAACAAACAUCUCUAUUUUGCCCAGACCCAUUUUCAAGGGGGACACAGUAACCAUGAGGUGUGAGUCGAGAGCCAACUCGAGCAACGUGACUUGGUCUUUCCAAGGAAGUUCCAUCUCCAGCAGCGGCAGGCACUCCAUAACGAGCGGACAUUCGAAUGGGAAGUCCAUCUCCACGCUGAAAAUCCGAAACAUCUUGCUGAAUGAGUCUGGAGAGUAUCGUUGCACUUUUACUGAACACAAUACUUCGCCAAUGAUGAUGCACACAGCAGAGGGUAACAUCAACGUUUCUUUAAUCCAACUCAUGAAGUCCGAGGACGUUACAAUGGUGUGCAAUGGGGAAAAGAGAGAGUUGAGCUGCUGCGUUGAUACAGAAAUGAGUUUCUUCACCGUUCAUUGGAAAUCGAAUGGCGCCAUCAAUAUUUCAGGAACUAACUAUUCCACCCUGAACUGCACUCAGUACGUGCUGCAGGCCAAUGAGUCUCAGUGCCCAGCAGACAAGUCGGGGACCAUCACGACUUAUACCUGUGAAGUGAGCACGACGGAUGGUGCCCGCCAGAGUAAACACAUCGCCGUGAAGUAUUUGCGCAAGGCAAAUGUGACUCUCAUGUCAAGCACAAACGGCCGCGUUUCAGAAGGGGCCAAUUUCUCCCUGAGGUGCCACAGUGACAUCAGCAAUUAUGACCACAUCAGCUGGGAAAUCCAAAAUGGAAACCCCGUGCAAGAUAUCAGCAGCCUGUGGUACACGACCACAAAGACCCCAAAUGGAGCGGAGUCUGUUCUGGAUGUACGCAGGGCUGACCAGAAUUGGGCAGGCACCUAUACUUGUACCUUCUUCCAAGAGUCUCUGAAGAGUUCUGCGCGUCAGGCAGUGGAAGUGUUCCCUUUGCCCCUGAAACAAGACAUCAUCCGAGAUCCCAUCGAAGUCGUCAUCCCGUGCUCAGGGAAUCAAAUGUUGAAGUGCUGCGUGGCCACCGGCAGAAGCGAGAAUUACACAGUGACAUUCCAUGUUGACCAAAGCGAUCCCAGUAGUCCAGACGGCCAAAGGCAAGAAGGCAGCUUCAUCUGCUACGUAAAAAUGCUCAGUUAUGACAACUGUGGCCACGAAAAGGCUUUUUUUGCAUCUUGUACAUUCAGAAACCAAAUCGGUGGAAGCGUUCAGAGCUCUCCUAUGAAUUUAACACUUGCACCAAAAAACGCCUUAACAUGUAACUCCUCGGACGUCGGUGUUGGGGUAAAUGGAACAAAGAUCGUAAAACCUUGCAAGGGGAACAACAGUAGCGUCCGAGGAAACAUCACUUACACGUGUAAUCAUAUCUGGGUCAUUGCUCAAAACAGCUGUCUGUCUGUCACAGUAAAUAAUCUUCUCCUUGGUGCUGAGUCUUUGGUGCUCAGCCCUGCCCCCGAUAAGGAGCUGCCCGCAUACCUGGGAAACCUGAACAACACUGUAAAGACAGAACAGAAAGAUAUCAGCAACUCAUCGGCAAACCUGGAAGCUGUGGUUGACAUUUUGAAUAAAAUUUCGACGAUACCUUUAGAAGCAGAGAUGGAACCGAUGGCAAAUUUUUUAUCCACGGUAGAUACCGUCAUCAGUGCUCCAACAGAUACUUGGAAUGGUGUUACGAAUGGGAGCUCUCAAUUAUUGGACUCGGUAGAGCAAUUUUCGAACUCCCUCAUAGCUAUUAAUGACACUAUUCCUUCUGUCAUCCUGGAGAAUAUUCAGCUUCAAGGUGUCGUCCUGAACGAAAGCGACAUUUCAGACUACAACAAGGAUUUUACAUUCUCCAGCCUCUCCAACCUCAGCAGCAACGUGCUAAUCGACAAAGAGGCAAUUGAAAACGGGAAACUCUUUCAAUCCACCAUCAUCAGCGUGGCUUACUCCAAUCUCAGCCAUAUCAUCCCGCAGCACGAGCAGAGCCAAGAAUUAAUAAAUGGCUUAGUGAUCUCUACAGUAGUGAAGGCUAACCAAAGUGAGCCCUUCCAGAUCAAAAUGACAUUUGCAAAGAUAAACAAGUCGCUGAUAACUCCCCGGUGUGUCUUUUGGAAUUUCAGUUUCCAGGGGGACCAAGGGUACUGGGACAACACUGGCUGCCAAAGCGAAGAGAACGAAGGGCAUGUCAGUUGCUCCUGUGAUCACUUGACUUCCUUUUCUGUGCUGAUGUCACCUGCUAAAUGUGAAGACUACGGCGCAAGUAAGUGGCAGUCCCUGCGUUAUCUCACUUACAUAGGCUUGGGGGUCUCCAUAUUGAGCCUGGUGGCUUGCAUUGUCAUUGAAGCCCUCGUAUGGAAAUCAGUAACUAAAACAAGAAUAUCUUACAUGCGCCACAUUUGUAUACUGAAUGUUGCAAUUUCUCUCCUGAUCGCGGACACAUGGUUCAUUGUGAUUGCAGCAAAGGAGCAAACUGGAAAUUGCAGCAAAACGGAAACAAAGAUGGAAAAGAAGCUGGGAACAGAGAUUUGCAUAGCAGCAGCAUUUUUCGUCCACUUUUUCUACCUCUGUGUUUUCUUCUGGAUGCUUUCCCUGAGCCUUUUGCUCUUCUACCACUUGGUCUUCAUUUUGCACAACACGAGCAAAACCACCAUGAAAGCCGUCGCCUUCUGCUUGGGUUAUGGCUGCCCUCUGGUCAUCUCGGGCAUCACCAUAGCUGUUACUUUGCCGCAGAAAUCAUACUUAAGAAAUCAUACACAAGAGGACAUCUGCUUCCUCAACUGGGACAACAGCUAUGCUCUCUUGGCACUGGUUGUUCCUGCCCUGGUCAUUGUUGCUAUCAAUGCGGUGAUUACCGCUGUGGUCAUAGCAAAAAUACCAAGACGUUCCAUUGGGGAAAGGUCACGAAACGACGAGAGGAGCUCGCUAUAUCGGAUCGCCAAGAGUAUUGGCGUUCUGACACCGCUCUUAGGACUCACCUGGGGAUUCGGCUUGGCAGUCGUUUUCAAAGACAGCUCACUCGUGUUCCAUAUUCUAUUUAACUUUUUCAAUGCCUUUCAGGGAUUAUUCAUUCUGUUGUUUGGAAUUCUCUGGGACAGAAAGGUACGAGAAGCCUUGCUGAAUAAGUUCUCACGGUCCAGAUGGAGUUCCCGGACCUCAAAGUCCACAGGCCAGAGCCCAUCUGCUCCCAUGCUCUCUCUCAGUUCCCCCUUCUCCAGAGUAUUAAACAACUUGUUUGGCAAAGCAGGGAAAUAUCAAGUCUCUUCCACGGAAUCGGCCUCUUCAUCUUCCGAAAACACCUCCAAAGCGCAUUCUUUGCUGACCUGAAGAUAUGGAUGCCUGCCUUUUCAGAA